CCUGACCCCUGCUAAGUUCUUGGCCGCAGGCAGAAGCCCCAGGCUCACUGGGGCACCCCAGCCCAGAAGGCGCAGCCCUCAAAUGUAAGGAUAAACAGAGGCUGCUCAGUCUCUUUCUCCUUCCCCACGCCCUCCCUGACUGGCCCACCACACCCUCUCCUGCUCCUACCGCUAAAGCCCUUUCAACUCCACCUCCAAGCCCCCUACCCCUGCAAAGCCCCCUGAGGGUGGCAGGUGUCAGGAAGAAGACUCGUUGAGCUUCAUCUUAGAAAGGCUAGUCUGGCAGGGGCGGGCAGGACGGGGACGCUCUGGGCCCAUGGACCCCAGUUGUUGUGACAGAUGAUUUGAGGAGUGGGGAUGACAAGGACUUUCACUUCGAGCAUGUCUGAGCUGCUAACAGGGUAGAUAUUUCUACAAGAGGGCCAAUAGGAAUUGGCAAUGAAAGCCAAGAACUGAGCCGAGAGGUGGGGGUGACAGGAGGUAUGCGUGUGACAGUCCUGUGUGUGGAGGUGAUGCUAGAGAGUGGGGCAGGGAUGCUCCCUGAGAGAAUAACAGCAAGGACAGAUUCCAGGAGAUGCUAGGGGUGAGGGGCUGAGAGUAAGGAGAGAGAUUCAGCAGAGGAGAGAAAGAAGAGGGAGAGGGAACGGGGGACAGAGGAGGGAGGGGCACAUCUGAAGGAAGAGGGAAGAGGUUGGGAAGCCACUUAGGAGGUCACUGGAAGAAGCAGUUUGAGUGCAAUGAGGUGGCCAUCAGCCCAUAGCUGGGAAACUACGCAAAGAGACGGGAGAGGAAGCAUCUCGGGCAAAAUGAGGCUGACGGGAAAAGGCCACUUCUCCUUCUUAUAAUCUCCCCGUGGCAACCUCUGCUUCAGAGUGACUCAAGACCUCCGAGGAGGGCGUCCCGAGGGAGGGGCAGCAGGUCAGGCUCAGGGAGGGAGGGUGGCCCAGGGCAGGAAUGGUGGUCUGAGAUGCACUGUGGUGGGGCUGCCUGGAAGGAGGUUUAGGGUGGGGCUGUGUCUCCAGGGAUCCUGGGUGUGAGCCCUGAGGGCUGCAUUCCAGAGUGCAGAUCCGGGGGCUCCAUCCUUCCCUUGGACCCGUGGCCUGGAGCUCCUCUCUCUCGGCCCGCUGCACUUCAUGCCCUGUUUUGCUGGCAGCCACCUUCUCAGCUCCUCACACACCUGCAAUUGAAGAUCUGGCCAGGCCUAGAUGCUUUGCUUCCCCAAAAUCAUUGAAGACGCAUCUUCACACCAGUCAUACACUCCCAAGAGAUGAUGCUGCUUUUCCCCUAAUUAACGAAAUUAGGAAAUAACUGAAAAAAAAAUUAAGGGAAGUAGACGAGAGAAACUAAAACAUAACAAUUUAGACAAAUAGAAGGCAGUUUGCCUCUGGUCUCAGUCCAAGGCCCUGGAUGGCAGCUGGCAUCCGAUGAUCACAGGGAGGGAACCCAGACAAGGCAGGACCAUGUGGCUGCUCCCGGCUCUGCUCCUCCUCAUCGUCCCAGCAUAUUCAACAAUGCCACCCAUGCUGCUGACAACAGACAGGACUGAACCUGUGACGACAGACACCAUCGAACCUGUGACCACAGACACACCGGCCAGUCUGGCUUCCUCGUCUCCAACUACCCAGAGCGUCAACAGCAGCCAACCCUUGGCUCUGACCAGCCCCCUCAGCAGCUCCAGGACCCUGGCCUCCAUGGCAGGAGCUGAGGGAGGAAAGGAGAUGGCGUUCCCCUUCCACGCGGGGUCCUCGGAGGCACCUGUAGUCUCAGCUGUGUGGAUCCUCCCAAUGCCUCCUUUCCUUGUGACUCUAGAGCGGCUCUGCCAAAGAGAAUUGACUAUUACAUGGUCCAGGAUUCCAGCCAAUAACGGGUUUCAAAAUUCCAGACCAACCAGUAAGUAUAAAACCCGAAUUAAACCAAAAAGCCUCAGAGUGUGUCUACCCGGGCACAGACCACCCCCCCACCAUGGGCUGGGUGUACAGAUGUCUGCUGAAUCCACCUUCUGUUGCGUCAGUACUUCCUGGAGGAAGAAUCCCCUGAACGUACAUGAUUGAAGACAGGAUUGGGCCAUCGCCCAGCUCACAUCCUAUCUCUUUCUGUUCGUUUCCUAUUAAAAUCUAUGGAUCUCCUGU